AUGAAUUUCUUCGAUAAUAUAACAUCUCGAAAAAAACGCACUCAAUCUAUGACCGAUCAUACUUGUAGCGAAAGUAGUUCAGAUAAUUCGAAACUAGAUGGCACUUCUUGUAGUUUACCGAACUUAUCAGGUGAUGAAAAUAACAUACAAAUACAAAAACUUAAAGAACAAAUAGAACACCUCACCCUACAACUAAAUUCAGCUCACGAAGAAAUAAAUAAUUUGUCCAUAGAAAAUCACGAGCUCAAAAAAACCGUCCAGGGUUUAGCAUCGAAACAUGAAGUUUUAAAAAAAGCCACCAAAAAAUUAACGAAUGAUGUAGAUACUCCAAAAAAAAGCUUGAAAGUAUCCACUCCACUUAAUAAAUCUACCAGAAAAAAACAGAAUAUCCUUAACAAAAUUUCUAGUACGCCAAUUACUCAAAAACCAAUAGCUGACCCUACGAUGACACAACAAGAUAAUACAGCACAAAUAAACGAAACAACAAAUAUUAAGUUAAAACAAGCUAGAAAAAAAAUUUGCAUUAUAAGUGCCAAUAAAACCAACAAGAAUAUUGCCGGCUUUCUUAAUAAAUCUGAUGUACUAACGGUUCAUAUUCAGGAAUUAUUAAACAUACAAAUAGAUAUAGAUGUAUUGUGUAUUACCGAGCAUUUCAUAAUGUCUGGCCAUGAAAAAUUAAUACAAAUAUCCAAUUACAAGCUAGCUACAUGCUAUUCACGAAAUGUAAAACGCGGAGGAGCCUGCAUCUUGAUAAAAAAAUGUCAUGAGUACACAGAAUUACCAGACAUAAUGAAAUACUCUAUAACAGGGAUCAUUGAAUGUUGUGCUAUAAAAUUAAUAAAACAAAACACGAUAAUUUUAUGUAUUUAUAGACCCCCAAAAAUAUGUAACAUAGAUAAAUUUUAUGAAAAUUUAGACUCUAUUUUAAAGAAAGUAUGUAAUAACCGAAAAAGUAGUAUAAUAAUUUGUGGUGACUUUAAUAUAGACAUUUUAAAAAGGAACAGAUUAGCAAUAGAAUUUGAAUACUUUCUUUUAAGCUACAACCUUAAAUUGGAAAUUAACCAACCUACAAGAUUAGACAGCAAUACCUGUUUAGACAAUUUUGCUCAUAACUUGAAACAAAAGUGCAAAUGCGAAGUAAUAGACUUAGCCUUAUCAGACCAUACAGCUCAGAUUCUAAAAAUAUACGUUAACAAAUCAAGACAAACAAAAUAUUGGCGAAAAACAAUAAGAGAUACGUCCAAUGAGAAUAUAAACAAAUUCAAUAAAUAUCUUCAACAGUUAUCGUUUUCAGACGUUUACAGUACUGACGACCCUAAUAAUGCCUAUGAUAGUUUUAUCGACUUAUUUCUUUUAUUAUAUAUUUUGUGUUUUCCUUUUAAAUCGGUUAUAGUACGUAGUGAAAAAUCAAUUAAAUGGGUGUCACGUGGUAUUCGGAUUUGUAGCAAAAGGCAACGCCAUUUAUUGUGGCAAAAGAGAUUAAAACCGACAUAUGAAAAUAAAAACAAUUUCUAUACGUAUUCCCGAAGAUUCAAAAAAAUAAUUAAAUUAACCCAGAAAGCCCAAAAUAACCAUCUCAUCCAAAACUCAAAGAAUAAAUCUAAGAAAUCUUGGCAAAUAAUAAAUAAUAGCAAAAAAAAUACGGAACCUAUUUCUCAGAUAAAAAAAGAUAAUUUGUUAAUAACAAACCCUAAAGAAAUAGCUGAAUCAUUCAACAAUUUUUUUAUCGACCAGAUCACAGAUAUACCAAAAACCGUAUCAGAUAACAUCAAAAAAAUUAAUUAUAACCCACACUCGAUAUUUAUAACACCAACUGUACCACAAGACAUAAUACGGAUAAUACAAUCUUUAAAAAACAAAAAAAGUUUUGGUUAUGAUGGCAUUUCAACGCAAGUUAUUAAAUCUGUUUGCAACAGCAUAUCUGGGCCUCUUAGUCAUAUUAUUAAUGUAAGCAUAUUAGCGGGAAUGUUUCCCGAAAGACUGAAAACGGUUAUAGUAAAACCACUUUAUAAAAAAAACAACAAAGAAGACAUGUCUAACUACCGACCGAUUGCUUUGCUUCCAGUUUUUUCUAAAGUAAUGGAAAAAGUUAUUUACGAAUCCAUUUACGCAUUUUUGGCUAAAUUUAAUAUACUCUGCGAUGAACAAAAUGGGUUCCGAAAAAACAAAAACGUAAAUAUGGCUGGUUACGACUUAUUAAAGAGGGUAAUGGCUAGUGUAGAUACCAGAACUCCCAUAUGUGCUAUUUAUACAGACAUGUCUAAAGCCUUCGAUUAUGUGAACCAUGACAUACUAUUACAGAAACUUAACGCAUACGGCAUUCGAGGUAAUAUUCUUAACCUAAUAAAAUCAUAUCUGAUAGGCCGCAAACAAUGUACAGAGAUUGCUAGUAUAUGUAAUAAAUAUAAACGUGAAUGCAAAUAUGUUUCUUCCUAUAGAGAAAUAAAAUUCGGCGUACCACAGGGGAGUGUCCUUGGGCCACUGUUAUUUUUACUUUACAUAAACGACCUCCCAAGCCAAAUCCAUCAUCCAAUGGUAUUAUUUGCCGACGAAAGUACAGCUCUAAUAAAAUGCCUUAAUAAAGAUUCUUAUGAAAGUGAUAUAAACACUACGAUUAAAACUAUAAUUAACUGGCUGAAUUAUAACAAUUUACUGAUCAAUAUUAAAAAAACUAAAAUAAUGCACUUUUAUCAGAAAAUUCGCACUGAAGAUCUAAAUAUAAAUUACAAUUGUCAAAUAAUUGAAAGAGAAUUUAUGGAUGAUAAUAACCCCUUGAAAUGA